AGCAAAAUUAUCACCCCGCACACUGACUUGCAUGCAAUUAUCAGAGCUCGAGUGCUCCUCCGUUGAGGGACUUCGCCCCUGAGACCGCUGACUUUCUGUGAAUGACAAAUCAAAAGUCAGGUUUGCAGAAUCAGCCGGACUUUCCUGCUCAUUUGCAGCAGAGGGAGGAAAGGGAGAAUGAAAGAUUCUGAAAAUAAAGCCCUUUCCACCUUCCACCUCCCCCUUCGUUUCCCAGGUUGAUAUUUUCCCCCUGUUCUCUGGGCUUGCCCAUGAGUCUCCUCGGGAGCUACCGGAAAAAGACCAGCAACGAUGGUUAUGAAUCCUUGCAGCUGGUGGACAGUAACCGGGACUUAAGUGCGGGGAGCGGCGCGGGUGGCGGCAAGCUGAGAGUGAACGCCGGGGUGGCGGCAGCCGCGCGGAGUCCCGCCCAGCAGUCUCAGGACCGCGCCAGCACCAUGGACAGCUCAGGUGCCUCAUCUCCAGACAUGGAGCCCAGCUACGGGGGAGGUCUCUUUGACAUGGUGAAAGGAGGUGCAGGGCGGCUCUUCAGUAACCUGAAGGACAACCUGAAAGACACCCUCAAAGACACAUCUUCCAGAGUCAUACAGUCUGUUACCAGCUACACGAAGGGAGAUUUAGACUUCACUUAUGUUACCUCCAGAAUUAUUGUGAUGUCCUUUCCUCUGGACAGUGUUGACAUAGGAUUCAGGAAUCAGGUUGAUGACAUCCGAAGCUUUUUGGAUUCCAGACAUCUUGACCACUACACAGUGUACAAUCUGUCACCCAAGUCGUAUCGAACUGCCAAGUUUCACAGCAGGGUCUCAGAGUGCAGUUGGCCCAUCAGGCAGGCCCCCAGUCUGCACAAUCUUUUUGCUGUGUGUCGGAAUAUGUAUAAUUGGCUACUACAGAAUCCCAAAAACGUCUGUGUUGUCCACUGCUUGGAUGGACGGGCAGCAUCGUCAAUUCUGGUUGGUGCUAUGUUCAUUUUCUGUAAUCUCUACUCUACUCCUGGCCCAGCCGUGCGAUUGUUAUAUGCAAAGCGACCUGGAAUUGGACUGUCACCAUCCCACAGGAGAUACCUGGGCUAUAUGUGUGACCUCCUAGCAGACAAACCCUAUCGCCCUCACUUCAAGCCUCUCACCAUUAAGUCCAUCACUGUCAGUCCAGUUCCUUUUUUUAACAAACAGAGAAACGGAUGUCGUCCUUACUGUGAUGUAUUGAUUGGAGAAACCAAAAUAUAUACGACUUGUGCAGAUUUUGAACGAAUGAAAGAAUACCGUGUCCAAGAUGGAAAAAUCUUCAUUCCCUUGAGCAUCACUGUGCAAGGAGAUGUGGUUGUUUCCAUGUAUCACUUGAGGUCAACCAUUGGGAGCCGGCUACAGGCUAAGGUGACCAACACCCAGAUAUUUCAGCUUCAGUUUCAUACUGGAUUCAUACCACUGGAAACCACAGUUUUAAAGUUCACCAAACCUGAGUUGGAUGCAUGUGACGUACCAGAAAAAUAUCCUCAGCUGUUUCAGGUGACUCUGGACGUAGAACUACAGCCCCACGACAAAGUGAUCGACUUAACCCCACCUUGGGAACAUUACUGCACGAAAGAUGUCAAUCCCAGCAUCCUCUUCUCUUCCCACCAGGAGCAUCAAGACACUCUGGUAUUGGGAGGACAGGCUCCAAUAGACAUCCCUCCGGACAACCCCAGGCAUUUUGGGCAAGGUGGCUUCUUCUCCUCCCUCUGUUGGCAAGAUCAGAAAUCAGAAAAGUCGUUCUGUGAGGAGGACCAUGCUGCACUAGUGAAUCCAGAAAGUGAGCAGUCGGACGAUGAACUUCUGACCCUUUCCAGUCCACACGGCAAUGCCAGUGGUGACAAACAUCAUGGAGCUCAAAAGCCCAGCAAAAAGCAGCAGGAGCCAGCUGCCCCUCCACCCCCUGAGGACGUGGACCUUCUGGGCCUGGAAGGGUCUGCAGUGAGUAAGAACUUCUCUCCGCCAGUGGCGCCUCCCACCAAUUCUGAACUGCUGAGUGACCUGUUUGGGGGUGGAGGGGCGGCCGGGCCUGCCCAGGCUGGCCAGUCAGGGGUGGAAGACAUGUUUCAUCCGAGUGGACCUGCAUCCACCCAGUCGACACCAUGCCGAUCUGCUGCCUCUGCCUCUGCGUCUCCAACCCUCAGAGUGGGAGAAGGUGCUGCCUUUGACCCAUUUGGAGCGCCUUCUAAACCAUCAGGUCAGGAUUUGCUGGGUUCUUUUCUGACCACGUCCAGUGCUUCCAGUGACCCCUUUCUUCAGCCUACAAGAAGUCCUUCGCCUACAGUGCAUGCUUCUAGCACACCUGCUGUGAACAUUCAGCCAGAUGUUUCAGGAGGUUGGGAUUGGCAUACCAAACCAGGAAGUUUUGGAGUGGGAAGCAAGUCCGCUGCCACCAGCCCCACGGGAUCCUUGCAUGGCACACCCACGCAUCAAAACAAACCACAGACUCUGGAUCCUUUUGCUGACCUUGGGACACUGGGUAGUUCUUCAUUUGCCAGCAAACCCACCACACCAACUGGAUUGGGGGGAGGAUUUCCACCUCUCAGCUCACCGCAGAAAGCAUCUCCCCAGCCCAUGGGGGGAGGGUGGCAGCAGGGAGGUGGCUACGGCUGGCAGCAGACACAGUCUAAGCCACAGACCAGCAUCCCCCACUCGUCUCCCCAGAACCGACCCAACUACAAUGUGAGCUUCUCAGCCAUGCCCGGGGGGCAGAACGAACGUGGGAAAGGAUCAGCUAAUUUGGAAGGGAAACAAAAAGCAGCUGACUUUGAAGACCUACUUUCUGGUCAAGGUUUCAAUGCACACAAAGACAAAAAGGGGCCUCGAACAAUAGCUGAGAUGAGAAAGGAGGAAAUGGCUAAGGAAAUGGAUCCUGAGAAAUUAAAGAUUCUGGAAUGGAUUGAAGGCAAAGAGAGAAAUAUCAGAGCACUUCUGUCCACGAUGCAUACUGUGCUGUGGGCUGGGGAGACCAAGUGGAAACCAGUUGGUAUGGCGGACCUGGUAACACCUGAGCAGGUGAAAAAGGUGUACAGGAAGGCUGUGCUGGUGGUGCACCCAGAUAAAGCUACCGGGCAACCCUAUGAACAAUAUGCAAAGAUGAUUUUCAUGGAGCUCAAUGAUGCCUGGUCUGAAUUUGAAAAUCAAGGUCAAAAGCCCUUGUACUAACUUAUGAGCUUUCCCAUCUCUGCUGCAGGCCUGUGCUAAUGCUUAGUGUACGUCACAAUUCUGAAGUUUUCGCAGGUGAACCCAAAACUCCAGUAACAUGUAUCCAGUACUAAACUGUUAAAUUACUCGUGAAUUAAUUCCUCAUUGAUAAAGAAUGUGGAUGUUUGUUUCCUCAAGUCCCCACCAUUAAAAAGUCCAAAGCAGGGGAGGAACUUUUAGUCAGACGACCUUGUGGAGUUACAACAUUCCAGCCUGUCCUCUGGGGAGCCGCCUCAGCAUUUUGUGGGGAAAUGGAAAACAGAGGCCACCAAAGGCAUAACACCCAUCUCAUUGUCUGAGAACAGGAUUAAUGAGCAAAAGCUACGAUAACUGGAUUACAUGAUGGAUAUUAACUAAUGGUUUUAAGAUUUUCUUGGAAAGAUGUAAUUUGAGCCAUGGCUUUACAUAGAUUCUAGGAAUACAACCACGGAGUAUUUUAUUUUUAUGGAAAUUUACAAUGGUCUUUAGCAUAAUACUGUAUACUUGUUUUGGUCAAGAGAACUAACUGAUGUGAAAGAACUUGAACUGUGGGAAGUGAUUGUAUUACAAUCCAGUGAUUGCCAGCUCUUCCUGGAUAAGCUAAAACUUCAUGGAAAUGCUGACUAAAGAAAACAGGGAACUCUGGAGAUAGAAAUCUUUGUUCCUGGUCAGAAAGUUGGGCUGCUACCUUCCUCUCCCUUUAGAAAACUGUGGUUGCUUAAAGAAAAUGUCCUAAUGAUGUAAUUCAACUCUAAACCUGAUUUGAAAGAAACUUAACAAUUUUGCCAUAAGGCUUCACGCUCUUCCUUUUGCUUAGUCAACAAAACGUUCUUAGCUGGAAACAGGUUGCGAGGCAGUCUGGCAUAGUCACAGUGUAUCAGGAUCAUCAUCCAGUAAGGAGUGCUUGUCCUCUAGGUGUGUGAGCAGUUGUGGUGAGAGCCUAGAAAACCCAAAAUGAACACGAGUAAUGCAGUAGGUGCAGUUGUGGCGGGAGUGCUGUAUUCACCUUCCCACCGAGUCAGAUGGCUUGUCAGGAUUUGCCUGGAGGAACUGUGCUCCCCUCCUGCCUGUUGUUGAAACUGGAUCCCUUGGAUUAUUACAGUGGGGUUUAUUGUUUCAAAGUAGCUGGGGGUCCACAGGAAUAGCAUUCCCACAGGGACAUCUGUGAAAGCAAAGCAAGAAGGAGACCUUUGCAGACUUCACACUGGUUGGAUUUCAGUCCAGUGUUUUGUCUGUGUCUGAUUUUGAGGGGUCAGUGGUUGCUAUCCCGUGACUUCAGGAAGUCUCUCUGGGUGUGCACAUACACGAUGUGCAUAGUAUAUAUAUGCAAAGCAGAUGGGCAGAAAGAUUUCCAUGCUAAUCUUAAAAGGUUCAUGCUCAAUAUUGUGAAAAGCUUUCAAAAGUUGUUUUUAAAAGACAAUCAUUUUUUUGUUUCUAUUUUAAUUUUCUUGUGGCAAACUGUACCAGAAAAGCAGCAUGUCAAAAAUACUUUAUGUUCUGUAUAGAACUAACUCUCUCUUUCUUGCUUGCUUGCUCACUUUCUUGCUUUCUUUCUCUUCCUUCCUUUUUUUGUUAUGUUUGUUAUUUAUUUUACCCUUUACUGACAAUGUGAAACUCGCAGAAAAUGUUCUCUUUUUAAAUAUACAGCUGUAAACUGUUCAAGGUAACCAUAACAAACUAGGUGUUAUUUAUUAACGUAUUAUGAAAUAAUGUUUGAUCUAGUAUGUGCUUGUCUUAUUUAAAAUUGGAAUGUGAGACAUGUUGCUGUGACCUGGUUUUUUUUUUUUUCUCAUUCACAUUUGUAGAUAUUGUGUGAACUACAGUAUAUAAUGAUAAUAAUUAAAAGGAUAUUAUGUGAAUGUCACGUACAUUUUGAAAUGAUAGAACUAUAUUAGCUUUGUAUCAUGUUUGGGUAAUUCAUCAAUGUUCACAGUAUAAAACAUCAUUAAACAUUAUAUAAUUAGCAAUGAGAAAGAAUCUUAGCUAACUUAUUAAAUUUGGGAUUUCCUUCAUCUCUUUUCCAGAUACAUUAUAAUUCUGGACCCCUAUUUAUCUCAAAACUCUUAACAUAUGCAGACCAACAGAGUUUUGCAUUCCUUUUAAAUAUCUGGUUGUGACAAAGCCUGUUGUUAAUCAGAUUCACUGUUUCAUUCAUGUUUAUUGUAAUAUAUUUUUUGUUUUGUAAAUAUGUUACACACAACAAAAUGUGAUUGGUCUAAAAUAUUUGUAAUGUAUAUUAAAAGGCUCAAAAAUAUUUGUAGAAACCUAAGUUAUUUUUGCGCUUAUAGGAAUUUAAUGACAAGUUUGUUAUA